CUGCUACACAUAUCUAUAUCCAACAUAUACACCCACAGACAACAAUCUAUACACGAUACAUCAAAAGACAAUUUAUAUCCAAUAUAUCCAAAGUUUAGAUUGAGAGGUAUUCAAAACCUUACACUUCUGUACAAUGACACAGCCUGGUUCCAAGAUUUACAAGGAGAUACAGAGCAAGGAUGGAGAUCUAUUUACAAUACAACCUAUGCUUGAAAAUGACUACAGUCAGUGCGUAAAGCUGUGUACAAAUGCCUUUGUCAAGAACAACGCUGUCAUUAUGCACUUAAAUAUACCCGAGCCUCAGCUAUACGAACAUUUCGAGGAACACUUACGGCCCUGCAUGGAAAGCGGUCUAUCUCUGGUUGUUAAAUCGAGCGACAAUUCCAUAGCAUCCAUGUUAUUCCUGGAAACUUUUAAUAUAUAUGACACUUACACACCGCCUCUGGAGAGUGGAAUGCAACCUCUGUAUAGGAUAGGAAAGAAAAGCUACUUAGAAGCUGUCACGAAGAACCCAGAGAUACUGCAGGCUGCAGCUAGGUAUAUGACGAUGCGAGUAAACAUGGGUGCCACUGACGUAGCGUAUGACGGUCACGGUUUGGGUACGCAGCUCAGAUUGUAUGUCGAGACGCACGCGCGUGAUCUGGGCUACGAAUGCAUUACAGUAGAGCCGAUCAGCAACGCGACCAGACACAUAUAUGAGAAAUUCGAGUGGACUUUGCUGGCGAAUGUAACACUUGCCAACGAUGUGGACAAGAAUGGCUCGAGGCCUUUUGAUGGCUUAGACGAAGGUGAACGCUAUACGAUAUUUAUGAAGAACUUGAGCCCUAGUCCUGUGUAUAGUAAGCCUAUAGCCUGGUGUGUAUUGGCGGCUUUGAAGUUGGGGCUCGUACGAUAGAAAGUUUAGAGACAAGACUGUUAGGUAGAGUAUGGUUUUAGUAUACUGCAGUGCAGUCUGAGUAAAAGACAAGAAAAGAGGUAAGAAUAUUCACAACCUUAUGGGAGGGUUUGACGUGUGUGUCUCAAAAGCUAGGCCUGUAUGGGAUAUAUGAUAUUGGUAGCUAUGGCGACUUGAACUGCGACUCCCUCGGAAGUAGCAUGACAAAUGCUCCGAGCUGUGUUGCAACUAUAGGCAACUCUUUUUAAGGUCCAAUGGGUCGUUCGCGACACUUUGAUACUGUGGCUCUAUCAGGAUGCGCUCGCCAAAUAGUUCUUUAAACGAGUGGACAUAUUCAGUGUGUGCGCUUCAAGCGAAUGAUAGAGUGAGAGAUGUCUGACGAUGCUUGGUGUUGGCACUGCAGUCCUAAGUAAGCUGAAUAAUGCAACAGUUCAGUAAUAUUUGCAACGCAGUUGGUCGCAUACCCGAUGAUGUGCGGUAUAAUCACUCAACCUUGUAAGUAGAUACAGAAUUUAGUAUCGUAUCAAUAAAUUGCAUCAAUUCAAAUAGA